GUACAAAUAUUCCAGAAGAUGUGCCAGUUUUAAAGUCCUUAACACCAAAUUAUUAUAUGAUUGGAAUGUUAUUAUGUAACCAGAGAAAUUUAGUGGAUCAAGAAUUAAGUCGAUUAAUACCAGCUGGUGCCUCAACCACACUCAGAAGAAGUGUAGACAGAAAAUAUAGUGAUAAACUAUUUUGUCAAGAAUGUAAUAUGAAUAAAGCAACAUGUCGUUGUGUUAAAUGUGAUUGUUUUAUGUGUGGACUAUGUUUUACUAAGGUACAUUCAAAAUAUAAUGCUUUACGUCAACAUCAAGCAUUAGAACUAGGAGACGGUGGUGAUUCCGUUAUUAUAAAAGAAGAAACGGCCAAUGUAUGUAAAGAACAUGACAGUCGACCUAUAGAAUAUUUUUGUGAAGAUGAUUUAACACCAAUCUGUUCUCGUUGUGUUAUUAUUGGUGAACAUAAAGGUCAUUCCAUAACCUCAAUGGAGGAUAAGAAUAAAUUAGUAUUAGCAGAUAUGGAACCAGCUCUACAGAUAGCUAAUCAUGUGAUUAAAAAACUACGAACAACAGAACAGUCUUUCAAUGAUUUACUACCAAAUGCUAAAACAGAAACCUGUACUGUUAUAGAUGAUAUUCGUUCACAUUUCCAGUCAUUACACGGUAUAUUACAAUCUAGAGAACAGUCAUUGAUAAAACAGGUUCAUGAUAAAUUUAAUAAUUGUUUACUACCUUUACUAUACAAGAAAGCAGAUUUAAUUGAAGAAAAAAGACGUCUGGAAUCUGCUGUGAAAGCUGCACAAAGGAUAUUAAAUAACAAUAAUGAAAAUGUUCUGAAUGCUCAAGAAAUAUUAGAUCAUUUAACCAAAGCUAAAGAUAUACCAUGUAUAGCUGUUAAACAAACACCUGAAUCAACAGAUAGUAUCAGAUGGAGUUGUGGUGAAUCAGUUGAUGAUAUUAUAAAAAAUCAUGGUACUGUAGAAGGAUCCAUACCAAAUAGAUUUACAAUACAGACUGCUAGUGAAGUAGGUGAUGUUGAUGAUACAGAUACAUUAAGUACUGUUAGUCAUUCUAGUCAUACAAGUCAUACAAGUCAUACAGAUACUAUCAAUAGUGGAGAAGAUGUUAUUAUAGAAGAUGAUACUUGUAAAGAGGUCCUCUUAGAAGAGUAUGACAAAAAUGUAAAAAGAAACUUUGUACUGGAUAAACAAACCUAUAGAGCAAAAUAUCCAGGUCAUUGUGAACAAGUGUAUAUUACCCAUAUUAAAAAUCCAACUCAGUUUUAUUGUCAGAAGAAGAAUGAUAAGAGUAAACUAUAUAAUAUGAGUAAAAAUAUGAAUAUAUGGUGUCAGAGUUUAUCUAGAGAAUGUGAUAUACCUACACAUGUUGAAGAAGGAGAUUUAGUAAUAGGUAUGUAUAGUGAUGAUAAGAAAUGGUACAGAGCUCGAGUUAAACGUGUUAUACCACCAAUAUCACCUGGUGAUGCCAGUAAAACAACAGAUACAUGUGCUGCUUCAUCAGAUACAUGUGCUUCAACACAGGAUAGUGAAGCUUCACAAACAGACGAUAAUAUAAUUAAAACUAAAAUCAAGAAAAAGAGGAAGAAUAGAUCACAGAAUAAUGAGGAAAAGGCGGAAGUCCUAUUCUUUGAUUAUGGAAAUACCGAAGUCUUACCGUUAAGCAAAAUGAGGAACAUGCAGCAGAGGUUUUUAAAGUUACCAUCAUUUAUGUUAGAAUGUGCUUUACAUGAUAUAGAACCUAAUAAUGAUGAAGCUGUAUGGCCUAAAGAAGCUGCUCAAACUGUGAAGAAAAUGACAGAUGGAAAAGUCAUGUUUAUGAAUGUUAUCCGUGAAAUAAAUGGUGUAUUACAAGUAGAUCUACAUAAACCACCUGAUAAUGAUAUAAUGGAUGACAGACCAGUGUCAUUACGAGAGAGUUUAAUAUUUCUAGAACUAGCAAGAUUUGCUUCUUCUAGUGAUCCAGAAAAUAUAAAACCAGUAUUACCAGUAGUGUAUACAGCUAGAAGUUAUACAACAACAGAACCUAGAAUGGAAGCUGAAAUAUUUGAUGUAGUUGUGACUAGUCCAGAUACACCAUACCAUUUCUUUGUACAACCACUUGGAGAUGAAGCUCAAUAUUUGACGACGAUGAUGACUAAAAUGCAGCAAACAUAUUCAGUAGAUAGUGGGGAUCUUUAUACUGUCUAUUGUCCACAAAAAGAUAUGAUAUGUGUAGCCCAGUAUACUAGUGAUGGUUUAUGGUAUAGAGCUAGAGUAGUGAAUAUACCUGGUAGAAAACUAGUAGAUGUACAGUAUGUAGAUUAUGGCUAUGUUGAUCGUAUACCAUACUGGAACAUUCGUAAAAUACUUGACAGUUUUCUUGUGCUUCCACCACAGGCUGUAUAUUGUAAAUUAUGUGAUAUUGCACCUGUAAAUGAAAAAAUUGGCUGGACCAAUGAGGCUUUACAGUGGUGGCAUGAAACAGUUGCAUUUAAACAAUUUCAGCUGAAAAUACAAGGUAUAGAAGACAACCAGUUUUCUGUGGUAUUAAAUCAUAUAGAUGAAGAUAACCCUUCAAUAACAGUACUCAAUAUGAAUAGUGAGAUAGUAACUAGAGGUUAUGCUAAAUCAACUGGAAUAUGGUCAUCGGGUAAAAUAACAGCUGAUGCAGAGACAAGAGGUAGCGAAGAAAAACUUGAAACAUUUGUCACACUCCACCAGUCAUCGUCAUCUUCAUCAUCAGCAUUAGAUACACCUAAAUAUAGAAGUCCUGAGAUAACACCAGUUAAUUCACCAAUAUCUACUCCUACAAAACCUGUACAUAAAGUUACAUCUACCUCACAAACUCAAGCUUCUGAUAUAUCCGAGACAUCCACCAGCCCCAUUCCAGCAACCAUUAAUUCAUCUCCUGUUACCCCAACACGAUUCAAACAAAAUGUAGCCGAGAAAUUAAGUGUUAACGUACAAAAAGCAGCAGAAAAGACACCGACUGAAACACAUAAAGAAGCAGAUUCUGGACCCUCAUCCGUGCAGAUCGAAGUUUUUCUCAGCUCGUAUGUUUCACCCUCUGAAUUCCAUGUACAGUUAGCUAAAUCUCAAGAUAAUCAUCUGAAAUUUCUUAUGGAAGAACUACAGAAGGAUUGUGAAGGAAGUGAACCCAGUUUAAGGUCAUGGAAACAAAAAGAUUUUUGUGCAGCAAGAUAUUCUAAAGAUGAAUUAUGGUAUCGUGCCAAUAUAGUUGAAGUAAUCAGUAAAAAUAUGUACAGAGUGUAUUUAGUAGAUUAUGGCCACAAGGACACUGUUAGUGGUAAUAAUAUUAGAACUCUUAAAAAUGAAUUAAGAAAAAUGAGUUGUGCUGCUGUUAGAUGCCAUUUAGCUAAUAUAUAUCCUGCUGGUACCACUGAUAGAACCAAAUGGUCACAGACUGCCAGAGAAUACAUGGAACAAGAAGUUAAAAACAAGACAUGCUACAUUAAAAAAGAGGGAGAUCUCGACAAUGAUUCGUUAGGUCUACCCAUAGAUUUAUUGUUAGAGGAAGAUGUACCAGAAACAGCCCUUGAACCAGCUCGUAAAAUAGUCUUCAGUUUAAAAAAUAGAUUUAUUGAAAGUGGUUUGUGUAUUCCCAGUCGUAGAUCUAGUCCAGAAAAGAUGUAUGAUAGUGUUAAGAGAGUGAAUAACCCGUAUUAUGAAUAUAAAAAACAUCCUGUACCUGAGAGUAAAAUAUUAAAUGUUACACCAUGUUAUGUUGAUUAUGAAGGUGUAAUCUACGCACAGAUAGUAGAUGAAGAAUCUGACCUGACUUCAUUAAACGAGAAGUUACAAUCAACAUAUACUCUCUCGGAACCAAUUGUUUGUGACUGGAAAGAAGGACAGGCUUGUAUAGCUUUAUUUGAAGGAGAUGGUUUAUGGUAUCGUGGAAAGGUUAUCACUAUGGAGGAAGAUAGACUAAUGGUACUAUUUUUAGAUUAUGGUAAUGUAACAUGGCAGUCAUACACUAGUAUCCGUCCACCUACACCAGAAAUAUUAGAAAUACCACAAUUAUCAUUAGAAUGUAUGUUACACAAUAUAUUACCUAUCAGUGAUAAUGGAAAAUGGCCGAUCGUUGUAUUAGAACACAUGCAUCAUUCUAUAGUUAGUCAUAUUAUUACAAUUGUUGUAAAGGAUGUGUCAGUAGAUAAUUUAUUAAUGAUAACAGCUAGAUUACCUGAUGGAAAUGAUUUAGCUGGUAAACUUAUAUCUAUGGAGGCUGUAUAUAGUACAGAUGAUCUGUCAAUAGAGUGUAAUUUUAGUGCCAAGAUAACAAAUAUAUUAAAGGAUUCUACCUUACCGUUAAAACCUGUACAGCCAUUUCCAUGUGGUAUGAAGUUUCCCGUACUAGUCACUCAUAUUGAACUUCCUAAUCUCGUAUAUUGUCAACAUGUGGCAUUAGAUGCUACUAUUGGAAGUGAAGAUUAUAGAGUUGAAGCUCAACGUGUCAACAGUAACUUAAUAGAACUACAAGACUUAUCUAUAGAUCUAAAUAAUUCAGCCCCACAAAGUCAUCGCUGGACAUUCUUACCUAAACCAGGUAAUGUAUGUUCAGCACAGUAUAGUGUUGAUGAUUGUUGGUAUAGAGGUAUUGUUAUAGAAGUUGUAGAAGAAUCCAGUCUAGUAUAUGUUCUAUUUGUUGAUUAUGGUAAUGCCGAGUUUGUUCAUUUAGACAGGCUCAGAGUAUUGCCCAAAAAAUUACAAAAGUUGCCCAUGCAGGCCAUGAGGUGUCAUAUAGCUAAUUUGAUGCCUGCAGAGGGUCAGACAACAUUUACUAAAGAUAUUCUAAAGAUCAUGCCAGAAAUACUUGGACAAAGUGAGCUACUGGCACAAGUUAAGGCUACUUCUCCAUUAACAGUUGAGUUAUAUUUACUGAAGAUGGAAGAAAAAGGAUUACAGUUAGCUUAUCAACGUAUUAUAGAUGAAGGAUUAGCUCAGUUAGCAGAGGUUUCCAAAUUAUGUGAUAUAACAGGCUGUAGAGGUGAGGAUAAUCCGGAUGUUAUCUGUGAAGAAAUAGAGGAACAUAGACGAUCACCUUUCUAAAAAAACAUAAGAUAAUCUCUACAAUUUAUACACCAAUUGAAGGAAUGAACGAUCACCUUUCUAAUAUAAUAAGACUAUGUUACCAAGGAAAAUCUCUACAAUUUAUACACCAAUUAAAGGAAUGAACGAUCACCUUUCUAAUAUAAUAAGACUAUGUUACCAAGGAAAAUCUCUACAAUUUAUACACCAAUUAAAGGAAUGAACCCUAGUGAGACAAAUACUUUCAAAUACUACACUCCCCAAGUGAUGUUUUACCAUUUUAUAGAAUAAACCCUUGAGGAGUUGAUAGAAAAUGUAAAGUUCUAGAACAGAAAUUUUGAAAUUAGAAAUUUUUGUAAUACAAGCUUUGUGUAUGUUGUUUGGGAAACUUUAUAAGAUUUAGUUGUUAUUAAGUAUUUUGUGUGUAUAAUUUCGACCACUUUGCUAUUGUUUUGUAUUACUUGCUAUAUCAUUGUUAUGUUGAUUAUUCCUGUAAAUGUUAUUGUUUUUGUUAUCAUUUUAUAGUUUUAUAACAUUCAAAAAUUUUCUCAUACUAUUCAAGAAUAAAAAUAUUAUAAAGACAUUCAAAUAUUUUCUCACACUUCCUAGAUUAGAAUGUUACACAGUCUGACAUUCAAACAUUUUCUCGUACUUCCAAGAAUAGAAAUAUUAUAAAGACAUUCAAAUAUUUUUGCACACAUCCUAGCUUAAAAUAUUAUAAUGUCUAACAUUCAAACAUUUUCUAAUAUUUCCUAUGUUAUAAAGACAUUCAAAUAUUUUCUCACACUUUCUAGAUUAGAAUGGUUACAGUCCGACAUUCAAACAUUUUCUCAUGCUUCCAAGAAUAAAAAUAUAAAGACAUUCAAACAUUUUCUCAUACAACCUAUAUUAUAAAGACAUUCAAAUAUUUUUUCACACUUUCUAGAUUAAAAUAUUACCCUCUCCAACAUUCAAACAUUUUAUCAUGCUUCCUAGGUUAAAAUGUUACCCUGUUAAACAUUUUCUCAUACCUCCUAGAUUAUAAUGUUACACUGUAUGACUUUCAAACAUUUUCUCAUGCUGCCUGGAUUAAAAUAUGUUACUCCUGUCAAACAUUUUCUCAUACCUCCUAAAUUAAAAUGUCACACAGUCCAACAUUCAAACAUAUAUGAUUUAUGCAUUACAUGCAUUUGGAAUAAUAAAUCUCAAGUGAUUCAUUCUAGAAUUUUAACAAUUUAUUUAUAUGUUAAAUAUAAGGGUUUAUGUAUGACUAUAAUAUAUGUAUUGUAUGUACGGUAGGAAACCAUAUGUUUUACAAUGUAUAAAAAAAACUUUCUGUGACUUUUUGUUUUCUAUCUAAUUAUAGUAUUCAGUAGGUACUGUAUAAUAUUAGCAUUAUAUUCUAGUGUAAGUUAUUUAUAAAUGCUCUAUACUAGUAUAUUUCAUAAUAAUAAUAAUAUUAUUGUGUAAUAUUACCAUUAUGUUCUGGUUUUAAGUUAUUUAUAAAUGCUCUAUACUAGUAUAUCUCAUGCCAUCCUUCCAUUACAUUUUAUUAUUAUUACACAUGCACAAAUUACAUGAAUGUUAAAAUCAUCUAAAAUGACUAUGUUUUGUGUAUAUAUUAUUAUUAUAAGAUUUAUGAAUCAAAAGAUGUGAUUCAUUAAAUAUUUUUGUUUAUCACUU